GUUCUUUUUUCUGAAACUGUUUCUCUUUAUGAAUUUUACGGCAUUGCCUUUUUUUAAAAGUCUCGUUAUGUUGGUACUAGUGUCGGGUUUGAAAGCGAGGGUGUUUGGCCGUUUCUUGAAAAGAUCAGCUGAUACGUCUCAACUAUUUUGCGAUAAUUCAGUAGUAAUCAUGAAAGUAAUUUUAGAAGUAGAGGGCAGGAAAAAGGCCCUGCAAGUUGCUGGGAGCACGGUGCCGGACUUAAGGAAGUCAUUCAACAGUAUGUGUGGCAAAGACCCUGUUUUAAGCAGGCGGAUCGUGACGCACUAUCCCACAUUUUCGUCUUACAACGGAGAGGCUAUGACGGAUCUUGAGUUGGAAAAUGACGACACUGUGGUAGAAGGACAACUCGUCAAAGUAUUUUUCGCUGCAUAUGCUGCUAUUGCACAUUCUGAAGAAGAAUUGCAAGGUCUCAAGUCCACAUCAAUAGAGACAAAUAGUUCUAUCAAUGCUGAUCAAGAUGACAUAAUGUUCAUGGAUUCAAUAGGAAUGAGGCACUCUUCUUCCAACACCACAUCUAUCCAUAAAGCUGGUAAUCGCUCAGCUGCAGCUGGACCUAGUAAGACAUUAUCAGGAAAAAGCAGCUCAAUAAAGAAGAUUUCGUCAAAGAGGCCCAUAUCACCAGUUGCUUCAGCAGACUUAUCAGACGAUAAUGACGAGGAGUCUGAAUACUGGAAGGACGCAGAGGCGAGAAGAAAAACAAGAUCAGCAGCCUUGAAAGAAUUCAGUAUAUCAAAUCAAUUAGCUAUAAAGCAGGUUCAGCUGAAGCCAAAGAGACAGCCACAGAAAAAAAAAGAAGGAGUUGAAAAUAGAGAGCCAUCAAGAAAACAGCCACUUCGGGCAGUCAGAAGUAGAAUGCCAGCUGAAAGUGUCGGGGAAAUAGAUCUCUCAGACUUGGAUGAGACUGAGGACCCAAAUACAGAACUUGAUUUUGAGGAACCCACCACAGCAGACAAGUCACAUUCUGGACACAUUCUUAACACAUUCUCUGCACAUUCCUUACACAUUCUCAAUGACAGUCCCCUAAAAAUAUUUAUUUUAGUCUAA